CCAAUCCUCUUCGUGUGAUAGUUGCGGUAAUUAUUAUCGUGGUCAACGUAUCAGAACAUAGAAGGCUUGUUUUCCAUCUGUCACCACUGCACAUUUGAGCGCGCCUUCUAAGUAGCAUCACAUCGUGAAUUGCUCAUACUCUUAAUUCUCAUUUCUGAAUCAACGAUGUGGUCACAAGCGUUUGCUAAAAGUCUCGGUGAGUUAAGUACUGUCUACUGACAAAAAAGGACCUACGACGUAAAUACAACCCAAAUGAAUAUCACAGAUUUCAGCAUGAUCUAUAUGAUCGGGCAGUAUAAGUAUCUCAAAUGUGAUCCAAACGUCCCAGAGCAUCACACAGACGUGAGGGGUUCUUCGACAGUGCGCCUCAGGACUAGAGCCAUAGGCAUGUCGAAAGCAACGCUUCAUUCUAGCUGAGAAAAGGUUGUGGUGCCUAGCUCGACAGCAUGCCCAUCCAAGCCCUGACGCCUCGACUGUGGGACCACUAUAGAAAUCAGGAGCUUUGCGAUGUGUCUGUCAUCAGCUCAGACAGGCAGAGGUUCAGGGCUCACAAGAUCAUCCUGGCCUCAGCCUCCCGCUACUUUGAGGCCCUGUUCCUGGGAGCGGGCAAGCACCUGCAUGGGACCAGCAGCACAGGGGUGGAUGGGGAUGAGAUGCAGAUACAGCUGGAGGCGGUGGACGCCGAAAGCUUGGCCUGCAUCCUGUCCUCGAUCUACCAUGGGAUUGUUGAUGUGGGAGAGGGUAACGUGGAAGCCCUGCUGCUGGCCAGCAACUACCUGGAUGUGGCAGCAGUCAAGGCCGCCUGCUGCCAGUUUCUCAAGGCGAACCUGAAGCCGGCAACCUGCCUGCACACGCUUGCGCUGGCAGCGAUGUAUGACUGCCAGGAUCUCUCAUCUGAUGCGGUCACAUUUGUGAAGGGGCACUUUGUGGAGGUGAUGUGUGGGGAGGGCAGGGCGGGGCUGCAGGAGCUGCCAGAGGAUGUUCUGAGGGACCUGCUGCAGAGCGAAGAGCUGGAGACCCAAUCCGAGAUGCAGGUUUUGGAGGCAAUCUUGAUAUGGUGGGAAGCGGAUCCUGAUGCCAGGAGCACAGAGCUUCCCAGCCUGCUCUCCACCAUCCGCCUGUCAGCCACUGAGCUGCAGCAGCAGGUGGCGGCAUCAGGCCUACUAUCUAUGCUGGGGGACACAGCGGCGAUCAAGGCAUCUCAGUGCCUGGAGGACUUUGUGCGCAUGCACGAAAGGCUGCGCAGCAGCGCCGAUGCAAGCACCAGCGGUGUCGGUGUCACACUGCAGCCUCCGCCGCGGCGGUGCAUGCCCAUGGGCCUGCUGGCUGCCGGGGGCCACGAUGCCGGCUGGCGCAGCUUCAGGACGUCAGAGUACUAUGAUGCCACCAAGGACGAGUGGACGACGGGGCCACCCCUGCCUGAAAGCGUUUCCUUCGCCGCCUAUUCUGUCCUCCAGGGCAACCUGUGCGUGGUGAAUGGGUCGCCGCACCUGUGCAGCGUGCUGCUGUACCAGCGCUCGCGCAAGCACUGGCUGCGAUGCCGGCCGCUGUUCACCCCCCGCCUGCACGCCGCGAUGGCCUCUGCCGCCGGCCGAGUCUGGGUCAUGGGCGGGCGGACGGGGCAGUCGAACACGGAGCUGCAGAGCGUGGAGUCCCUGCGCAUCGGCUGGGCCGACGCAGCGCGCGUCGAGGAAGAGCCCUGGACGGCUGCGCCCCCCAUGUGCACUCCCCGCACCGCCCUUGGCGCUGCUGCCGUGGCCGACCGCAUCUAUGCUGUUGGCGGCCAGGACGGCAAGCACAUCCACAGGAGCGUGGAGUGCCUGGACCUGGGGAGGGGCGCAUGGGCGCUGCUGAGUGCGCAGCUGCCGUCCGAGCGCAAGUACCACUCCGUCUGUGAGCUCGGAGGCCGGCUGUACGCGGUCGGGGGCAUGACGAGUGCGCGGCAGCGGCUGGACAGCGUGGCGGCGUACGAUCCGCGCGAGGGCCGGUGGGAAUCCGUCGCGCCGAUGUCGGUGCCACGGUCGAGCGCCGGGAUCGCGGCGCUGCAUGGGAAGCUGUAUGUUGUGGGAGGUAACGCUGGGGACGCCAGCUUCCACACGUCUACGGAGGCGUUCUGUGUCGAGGCCGGCCGGUGGCGCCCGUGCGCGCCCACCAGCUACGGCCGCAGCUCCCUCGCCCUCGCCGCCGUGUGAGGAGACUGGUAUAUUUGUAUACACUGCAAGGGCUGCGCUGAGGGUUUUGAUCAUUCUAGAUGAGCCCAUCUCCUAUACAUGUGAGGGUAGCAGACCAGGCAAGCCAGCAAGCUUCCUUGUCCAGUGGGUGUCCUUGGGUUUUGCAAGGCAAAGAACAGCAGCAAGCAAAGUGCACCUGCCAGAUGGGAGGGCAGCAGGUGUGCAGAUUCAGAGAGGCUGUGGCCCUUGCAUGCUGCCAGUGGUCGGGUCGCAUGUGGCACAAGGUUAUGGAAGUUGAAUGUAUGAUUACAGCAAUUACAGCCGAGAGCCGUACCCAAAGCCAAACCAGGCGGAAGAAUUCUCUGAAUUCACCAAGGGAUACCACACAAUAGCCCCCCUGAACUAACAGCACCAGUAAGUGGGCACAGUGCAACGCAAUGCAGAAACUGGCCCCAGGUACCACGCUACCCAAGGAAGCAGGAUCUGCAAAGUGGCUUUGUAAAAGGUUGCAGGCUU